GUAUUGCACACCUCUAAAAAAAACACUGCCUCUGAUUUAUCAAUAUAAAAAAGAUCCUCUGAGAGGAGGAGGGCACUUUUGUGUGAUGGCAACUUCACUUCUAGGGGAAGAACCGAGGUUGGGAUCCACUCCUCUGGCCAUGCUUGCUGCUACCUGUAAUAAGAUCGGCAGCCCCAGCCCGUCUCCCUCCUCCCUCUCGGACAGCUCUUCUUCCUUCGGUAAAGGCUUCCACCCCUGGAAACGCUCCUCGUCCUCCUCCUCCGGCAGCUGCAACGUAGUAGGCUCCAGUCUCUCCAGCUUCGGUGUGUCGGGGGCUUCCAGGAACGGCGGCUCGUCCUCGGCGGCAGCGGCGGCCGCGGCGGCGGCGGCGGCGGCCGCGGCCCUGGUCUCCGACUCUUUCAGCUGCGGCGGCUCGCCGGGCUCCAGCGCCUUCUCCCUCACCUCCAGCGGAGGCUCGUCGGCGCACUCGCAGGACGGAUCGCACCAGCCCGUCUUCAUCUCCAAGGUGCACACCUCGGUGGACGGGCUGCAGGGCAUCUACCCGCGCGUGGGUAUGGCGCACCCCUAUGAGUCGUGGUUCAAGCCCUCGCACCCGGGCCUGGGGGCCGCGGGCGACGUGGGCUCAGCCGGCGCGUCCAGCUGGUGGGACGUGGGCGCGGGCUGGAUCGACGUGCAGAACCCGAACGGCGCGGCGGCGCUGCCCGGCUCGCUGCACCCCGCCGCCGGGGGGCUCCAGACGUCGCUGCACUCGCCGCUCGGAGGCUACAACUCGGAUUACUCGGGCCUCAGUCACUCGGCCUUCAGCAGCGGUGCCUCGUCGCACCUGCUCAGCCCCGCGGGCCAGCAUCUCAUGGACGGCUUCAAGCCGGUGCUGCCCGGCUCCUACCCCGACUCGGCCCCAUCGCCGCUGGCCGGCGCGGGGAGCUCCAUGCUGAGCGCCGGGCCGUCGGCGCCCCUCGGGGGCUCCCCGCGCUCCUCCGCGCGCCGCUACUCGGGCCGCGCCACCUGCGACUGCCCCAACUGCCAGGAGGCCGAGCGGCUGGGCCCCGCCGGGGCGAGCCUGCGACGCAAGGGCCUGCACAGCUGCCACAUCCCGGGCUGCGGCAAGGUGUACGGCAAGACGUCGCAUCUGAAGGCGCACCUGCGCUGGCACACGGGCGAGCGGCCCUUCGUGUGCAACUGGCUCUUCUGCGGUAAGCGCUUCACGCGCUCGGACGAGCUGCAGCGGCACCUGCGGACCCACACCGGCGAGAAGCGCUUCGCCUGUCCGGUGUGCAACAAGCGCUUCAUGCGCAGCGACCACCUCAGCAAGCACGUGAAGACGCACAGUGGCGGCGGCGGCGGCGGCUCGGCGGGCUCCGGCAGCGGAGGCAAGAAGGGCAGCGACACCGACAGCGAGCAUAGCGCGGCGGGCAGCCCGCCUUGCCACUCCCCAGAGCUGCUGCAACCCCCGGAGCCCGGGCACCGCAACGGCCUGGAAUGAUGCGCCCCGGGCGCGCGCACCUGUCCCCCCACCUCCUCCCACCUGGGUCCGUGCCGGGCCAUGUCUGGCCUGGGUUCCGUCCAGGCUCUCUCCAACUGCACCCUGCUCGCUCUCUCGGUCUCUGUCCCUCUGCCUCCUCCCCCUCUCUUCCCUCGGACUUAACUUUGUAAAAGGGAUAUGGACAUGUAAGUAACACGCAUCCGUGUCCCAGGCCCUGCUCUGGCCCUCCUCCACGGGUGACACCGCCUG